AUGACGACGGUAGUAACGGAAUUGGCUGAGCGUCGCUCAGCAGCCAAGGGCCGAAAACGUGAGCGCAAUCUGGACCCAUCAACAGAACGAAAAUCAGCUCCAAUUGACCCUCGCUCUCCGGCGCAAGGGUUCUUUCCGGAUGCCACUCCAAAACCAGUUUGCGACUCUGUUGCCCCCGAUAAGGAUGAUUUGGUAAUGAUGGACACAACGGGUCCAUCCGUAAUUAGCCCCACCAAUAAACCAGUCAACGGCGAGUUUGCUUAUUGGUCUGACAACGAUGGGUCGGAGUCCGUUGAGUCGGCUCCAGACUUUUCUGCACCAUCGAAUUCGGACCAACCUCCUACUGAAGUGGUUGUGGGGAAAUCACCUGCCCAGCUCAGCGGGCCAAUGACCCCUCGGCAACAGUAUUGA